GUCCUACAGAGAGAGAAAGGCCCAUCUUCCCAGAGCCCAAUUAGGGGCACCAGGGCAGAAAUUGUUUUUUAAUUUUCCCUGCACUCUAUAAAACAAAGGCAGAAGAAGGAUGCUAUUUUAUAGGGACUGACAGACAGCCUAAGUCAGCUUUGAUAUCUGCCCCCAUGGUGGGGAGAAGGUGGAGUCCCCAGAACAAAUACUGACUAUACAAGGAGUGAGGAACGAACCCUUCACGCUCAUAAAUGCUUCCUCAGUCUUUUUAUGCAGCCCAACCCCAUGGGGCUGGGAAAUAUAAGGGAAAGGGAUGGCAUCAGCUUCCUAAAGACAGCCCAGUGCCACCUCCUCUUUGGCCUUUUCCCUCUUCUCCAGAGCACCAUGUCCCGCCGUUCUUUCCGCUCCAGUACCAGCUGCAGAGUCCAGAACGUCAGCUCCUACUCAGCCUACGUGCCUAGGAUGGGUGACCGCUGCUGCAUCAGCGCUGCUCCCUACCGAGGGGUGUCCUGCUACAGGGGACUGACCGGCUUUGGCAGCCGCAGCAUCUGUGGGGGCUACAGGGCUGGCUCCUGUGGCCGCAGCUUUGGCUACCGCUCUGGGGGGGUGUGUGGACCCAGCCCCCCCUGCAUCACCACUGUGUCUGUCAACGAGAGCCUCCUGACCCCCCUCAACCUGGAGAUGGACCCCAAUGCCCAGUGUGUGAAGCAUGAGGAGAAGGAGCAGAUCAAGUGCCUCAACAGCAAGUUUGCUGCCUUCAUCGACAAGGUUCGAUUUCUAGAGCAACAGAACAAGCUCUUGGAGACUAAGUGGAAAUUCUACCAAAAUCGGAAGUGCUGCGAGAGCAACUUGGAGCCUCUGUUCAAUGGCUACAUGGAGACCCUGAAGAGAGAGCUGGAGUGUGUGGAAGCUGACAGUGGACGCCUGGCAGCUGAGUUCAAUCACAUCCAGGAGGUUCUGGAAGGCUACAGGAAGAGAUAUGAAGAGGAGGUAGCCCUGAGGGCAACAGCAGAGAACGAGUUUGUGAUACUAAAGAAGGAUGUGGAUUUUGCCUACCUCCGAAAAUCAGACCUGGAGGCCAACGCAGAGGCCCUGACGGAGGAAACUAAUUUCUUGAGGGCUCUGUAUGAGUUGGAAAUCCAAGUUCUGCAGUCCCACAUCUCAGACACCUCUGUCGUGGUGAAGAUGGACAACAGCCGAGAACUCAACAUGGACUGUGUCAUUGCUGAGAUCAAGGCUCAAUAUGAUGACGUUGCCAGGCGCAGCCGAGCUGAGGCUGAGUCCUGGUACCGUAGCAAGUGUGAGGAAAUGAAGGCCACCAUCAUCCGACAUGGAGAAAGUCUUCGAAAGACCAAGGAGGAGAUCAAUGAGCUGAAUCGGACUAUCCAGAGAUUGACUGCUGAGGUGGAGAAUGCCAAGUGCCAGAAUUGCAAGCUGGAGGCUGCUGUGACACAGUCUGAACAGCAGGGAGAAGCUGCCCUCAAUGAUGCCCGCUGCAAGCUGGCUGAGCUGGAGGGUGCCCUACAGAAGGCCAAGCAGGACAUGGCUUGUCUGCUGAAGGAGUACCAAGAGGUCAUGAACUCCAAGCUGGGGCUAGACAUUGAGAUCACCACCUAUAAACGGCUGCUAGAGGGAGAGGAGCAAAGGUUGUGUGAAGGUGUUGGUGCCAUGAAUGUCUGUGUGAGCAGCUCCCGGGGUGGGGUCGUCUGCAGAGAUCUUUGUGUGUCAGGCUCUCGGUCAGUAGCAGGCAGUGUCUGCAGCGCCCAGAGUAGUGGGAACAUGGCGGUCAACACUGGCACCCAAAGUUUCAGCCGGAGCAGCCGUUCGGUUCGAUUUGCCUAGAUGUCCCAUGCUUCAACUGUAGAUAGCUCGUAUCCCCUUCCCUACCUCCUAGAAAUCAGAAGGCAGACCCAAGACCUAACCUUGGGAACUGGAGGCAGAAUUAUUGGGAGACCUGAAAAUGCCCCUGGCAGGGACGAAGGGAGGUGGGAAAGAAAAAUGGAAAGGAGUUUCUAGUUGUGCAGCUCUAUCUUCUGAGCAGCCUUUCCCAGCUUCUCUAGCCUCAUAUCUUUAUUUCUUGAAGGAGCCUACUCCCCAAGCCAGGACCAGGUUCCUCAUUAUCCCCCAUCCAUUAGGCAGUGGGGCUCAAAUUCCCUGACCAUCCCUUCAAAAAAUGGUACCAUUGCUUUUGGGGGAAGGGACUUUUUGUAAAGGGAGCCCUUGCCUCACCCUUAGCCCCUCUACAGACAUUACAGGAGUUGCAAAAUGCACCUUCUUCCUCCUUCUCUGCCCUUCCCACCCAGCCCCUCACAGUUCUGGCUCUGGGUGUAAAUUGGGACCUUUGAAGGGUUUCCAUCUAGCUUCUUGUGGGAGGUGUAGCUGCUAGGUGGGGUCAGCUAGGUUGCUGUUCUCCCCUAACUGUUGGCUAUUAAAACCCCCUUGAAUAGAUCUCAGUGAGCUUCUGCUGGUUGCCCCCUGCCUGUACUCUCUCCCUUUCCCGGGUCUUGAUUUCGGAGUAUCCAAUAAAUUCCUCUUCC